AUGGCAAGGCAGGGAGGUCACAAAGGAGGCAUCAACUGCAUGGGUAUCAACGAAGAUGGAAACAUGAUCAUCACUGGUGGUGAAGACAAAACGGCAAGGUUGUGGAACUUGGCCACUUUCGAAUGUACUAAGGUACUGAAAGGACAUAAAGGGUACCUAACCUGCGCCAAAAUUCUGGAUGAAUUCUGCUACACUGGAGCUGCUGAUCGCACGGUAAGGAAAUGGACAGCUAAAACUGGCGUGUGUGAGUUAGUAAUCGAGGGGCAUGCUGCACCUAUCAAUAGACUUAUCUGUACUGGGGACUUCCUCUUUACUAGUUCUUAUGAUCGCACCGCUAUGUGCUGGGACCCUGAUGACGGAGAACUCUUACAUAUAUUCCGUGGGCAUCGUCGAGGGGUCACCCCUCUUAUGUACAUACCUGCCGAAGAUGCUCUUAAAGAUGAUGUGGUUGACAUUGAGAGUAACCGAGACAUCUUGGUGACAGGUAGUGCUGAUGGGACGGCUAGGUCUUGGAAUAUGGACUCCGGUGACAGCUUGGUGACUUUCAAGGGACACAAAGGUGGAGUAUUGUGCCUGGCUGCUGAUUCAACUGGAAGUAUUCUAUUCACCGGGAGUGCCGAUUGUACUGUAAGGAGUUGGAAUAAAAACGGAGAAGUCUUCAAGGUGUUUGAGGGACAUCAGAGUGCCGUCGUCUGCCUCCAG